UAUUAGAUCAUUCGAUAUCUAUUGUGAUGGAUUCUUCUAAUUCAAUCUUAUAUAAAAGGAUUUCUUAUUUGUAAUGUUAUAUUGCAUGAAAGCAUGCAUAUAUUCGUAUAAUAUUGUAACGCAUUACAAUAUCACAGAAGAAGAGAGAUCAAAUCAAUAUGUCAAUAAUGGAUCAAUCACCUUUCACGACUCCAAGAGGAUCCCUUUCAUCAAGCAUUGGUAACGCUGCUGAACUUGAAGCCAAUCUCACUCUCAGUGAUAAGCUCAGGGUUUUCAAAAGUUCUUCCUUUGAUCCCAGUGCCUAUGUUGCUUCCAAAUCUCGCAGCAUGAACGAGAAGGAGAUAAGACAUUUGUGUGCUUAUCUUGUUGACCUUAAGAAGGCUUCUGCAGAAGAAAUGCGCAAAAGUGUUCUUGCUAAUUACUCUUCCUUCAUUCGUACAUCCAAAGAGAUUUCAGAUCUUGAGGGAGAGCUUCUUUCCAUGAGAAACCUUUUAUCUAACCAAGCUGCAUUGGUUCAUGGUUUAGCAGAAGGGUGUCAACUCGGUUCCUUGGUGACCGGAAACGAAGAUUCAGACAUGGAUGAUAUAAUAAAUGAGAAAACAGAUAUAUCAAAAACAGAAAAAUGGCUAAUAGGAUAUCUUGAAACCCUUAAUGUCCUAUUGGCUGAGAAAAGAGUGGAUGAAUCCAUGGUAGCUUUAGAGGAAGGAGAAAAAAUGGCUAAAGAAAUUAAACAAGGGAAAACUUUAAGUCCGAGUUUAUUUCAAGCACUUCAAAAUGCCAUUACUGAACACAGACAAAAACUAGCUGAUCAACUAGCAGAAACAAUCUGCCAACCAUCAACUCGGGGCACGGAGAUUCGAACAACGGCAUUAGCAUUGAAAAAUCUCGGGGACGGUCCUCGUGCUCAUACGCUACUACUUAAAUCACACAGAAAAAAAUUGAAACGUAACAUGCAAAGUCUCGAGUCGACAACUUAUGGAGGAGUUAGUGCAUACACUGCAUCAAUUUCACACCUUGUUUUUUCAACCAUUUCACAAGCAGUAUCAGAUUCUUUGACAAUUUUUUCUGGUGAAGAACCUGCAUAUACUUCUGAGCUAGUAACUUGGGCAGUAAGACAAGCCGAAACUUUUUCGCUUCUCCUUAAGAAACAGAUUCUCGCCUCAAUAGCUGCAACAGGAGGUCUUAGAAUUGCAUCUGAAUGUGUUCAUGUUUGCCUUAGUCACUGUCAUCUUUUAGAGGCUAGUGGAAUGGCACUUUCACCUGUGUUACUUAAACAUUUUAGACCAUUUGUUGAGCAAGCACUUAACACAAAUUUGAAAAGAAUUGAACAAAGUAGUGCUGCUUUAGCUGCUGCUGAUGAUUGGCUGCUUGCUUAUGCACCAACCAGUAGGAAUACUAAUACUGGCCUACGCCCGGUUUCUUCUUAUUCUAGUUUGAAUUCAUACCAGCCUAAGCUUUCAAUCAGUGCUCACAAAUUCAACUCUAUGGUUCAGGAGCUUUUUGAAGACGUAGGGACACUUGAAAUCCUACAAUUGGAUGGCCUUGCAUUAGAAGGACUUCACCAAGUGUUUAAUUUCUAUGUCAAGCUGUUAAUAAAUGCAAUGCCAGGUUCAGCUGUCACUGAGAAUCUAGAAAGCACAGGACACAAAAUUGUUAAGAUUGCUGAGACAGAAAAACAACAGAUAGCAUUGCUAGCUAAUGCAAUAUUGCUAGCAGAUGAGCUGCUACCGCGUGCUGUAAUCAAACUUUCACAUGGCACAAAAGGUGACGACUCUCAUAAAAGAGUAUCAGAUAAACAAAGACCUCCGGAACAGCGUGAACUGAAGAAAAGACUCCAGCGCGAAGUUGAUCGUCUGAGAGACAGUUUCUGCAGACAGCAUGCCCUUGAACUGAUCUUCACAGAAGAUGGAAUCCCACUUUUGAAUGCUCAAAUGUAUUUGGAUAUGGAGGAGAAAGGGGAGAUACCUGAAUGGUUUCCUUCUCCAAUUUUUCAGGAGCUUUUUGUAAAGCUUACCGGAGUGGCAGGCAUUGCAUCAGAUGUAUUUGUGGGAAGAGAAAGGUUUGCAACUAUUUUAUUGAUGAGACUUGCAGAAGCAGUGAUACUAUGGCUUUCUGAUGACCAAGAUUUUUGGGCAAAUGUUGAAACAGGACAAACUCCUUUGGGUCCUCUCGGCCUUCAACAGCUUUAUUUGGACAUGCAAUUUGUGAUGAUAUUUUCAUCCCAAGGUCGUUACUUAUCUCGUCAUCUGCAUCAAGCUAUUAAAAACAUUAUUGGAAGGGCUAUCGAUGCUGUUGCUGCUACAGGGCUAGAUCCGAACAGUGUCUUGCCAGAGGAUGAGUGGUUUGUUGAAGUUUCUGAAAUAACUAUAAAGAUGAUAACUGGGAAUGCCGCCUUUGACAAUGUAGAGGAAGAUGCUUAUAGUCCCACUUGAUCAGCCCAAGCAUAAAUAUAAUCAAUGUCAUUAAUCCAUUCUCAAGGAAAGUGAUUACAGCUUAUCAUGUUGUAGAGACCAAAAGGGAAACAAGAAAUUGAAGUAUAAAGAGUUAAUGUUAUAGUCUACCACGUGAUUUGUAGCUACUUCUACAUUAUCUUUUACAACAUAACCACCAUAGCUACUCCUGCCUAUUUUGUGAGGAGUAAAUUAAGAAGAGAAUCAAAAACUAAACAUUAUUUUGUGUGUAUUAUGAAUUUAUAAUGCUGGUGAACUUCAUUGAUUUUAAGAA